CCCUCUCUUUUUAUUCUUACUGAUUGUAUGGUCCAAUCAUAUCAUAAAGCUUCAACGAUGGCGAAAAAUUCCCCCUUCUCUCUCUUACGCAGGCUUUUGCAUGUAAUUACACUUCUCUCCGUCUGCUUCCUUCUCCUCCACUGCAUUUCCGCCUCCUCCGCCACCAAACAACCCCACUUUGAGGGGUUCGAUGCCGAUGAAGAUGAUGAGUUUGUCAUAGAACCGAAUGACGUUGGACCUGUCCGGUCCCGUGCGCCCCCUAUCUCUCUUUCUGAACCCACCUCGGAAUCCCAUCAUGAAAACCCGAAUCCAAAGCCCGACACCCAAAUUUUGUCCCCGGUUUCAGAUCCGAAUUCAAAUUCGAAGCCCGCUUCCACGUCGUUUGAUUAUUGGGACGAGGAUGAGUUUGAAGGGAUUCCACAAGAUUUGCCCCCCGAAAAUAUUGUUACUAAGGAAUCUGCUACCGGGUCGAAAUUUGAUUUGAGUUCUGACCCGGAAAAGCCCGAUUCGGGGAAAGACGUGAAAUCUGAAGUUUCGGAUGUUAUGUCUGUUAUGAAUCUGAUGUUGUCAUAUUCUAUUGAAAUUGUAUGUGUUAUAUUUUUUAUUGUUUUCGCUAUUAAUUAUUUAACGGGGAAAAGGGUCAACGAGAACUUGGCGUUAGCAUGGGCGCGUAAGUUUGCCACUAAGGAUUCAAUUUUCGAAAAGAAUUUUAGCUUGUUGGGUGUGGGGGAGACUGAAGAUUCUCCAAUUUUGUUGAAGGAAGGGAAUAAUGUAUUUAAGUUUUAUGCAAGUGGGAGGAGAUUUUGCUCGGGUUUGCUGGCAACAAUGGAACUCAAGAGCCGGCACGAUUUGAUUUCAAGACUGUAUAAUAUGGUGGUGCAAUGUAAAGAUGAAAUCACAUUUGAGGUGUAUAUGAAUGAUGAUGCGAUGGAUCAUGUGAUUUUUGCCUUGGCAAGGAAGAAGUUGGCAAAAAUAAUGCAGAAGGAGGUGAGGGACUUGCAGCGGUUUGCAGUGCUGGUGGCACCGCCAAGUGGGAGGAAGUGGGUGGCGGAGGAGUUGCAGGUGGUCUCUGAAUCCAAGGAGGUUGCUGGGGAUUUAAUUACUGACAUUGUACUAGAUCAGGUUUUUGGUGACAAAGCAUUUGAUAAAUUUGGCAAGGGAUUCAUUUCACUGCAUUUUUCUGAUCAACACUUGGGAUCAAACAAGAAGAUGCUGGUGUUGAAGUUUGCUCUUCCAGAUGCUGAUCACAUGGCUGACAUGAGUCGAUUGGUCGCUCUUGUACCAUAUUACAUCGACCUGAUUGGAAGAUACAAGCUCAGCUCCCAGGCUCGAUCUAAAACAGAAGCAGCUAGAUUGAAAGUUGCUCAAGAGAUUUACAAGGAACUUCAAAAUGCCAGGCAAGAAGCCUUGCAGCAAAAGAAGGCGGAGCAGAGAAAGAAACUGGAAGAGGCUCUGUCAAAACAAAGCACGGAGGCUCUUCGCAAGAAAGAGGCAAAAGAGCGUACUCGCCAAUUGAAAAAGUUCGCUCCUAAAUUUAAGAUAACCCGGGCUCAUUAGAUCCUAAGUUAGCCUGAUACUGCAAUAGAAAUAUACCUAGUACUUAUCAUUUUCUGAAAUCUUUUACAUUUAGUUAGCACUUAGUGAUUGGCUGUAGGUAGUGUCGAUUCAACCAUUACCAAUUCUCUCUGGUUUUUGAAUGUAAUGUUAUCUCUAAUUUAACGAAUCCGUAGUUUCCCUUAGCAAUAUCUUUGUUGCAUUUGGGAACAAUUUUUGAGAUUUACAUGGGAAUUAGAUAGGAUCGAAUUGCCGGAGGCGGUCUUUGUGAGUCUUUAAAUAAACUCUAGAAGUUAAUUUUGCAGAACUCAUCUUAAUGAAAUGAUUCUUAUUUUUCGUU